UCACAAUAAUAUCAUCAAAUAUACUUAGAAAUAUUAUAGGCUGACAGACCAUCAUCACUCAGAAUCGUUUGUCGUAUACUAUGAUCCAUCACCAUCGAUUACAGUAACCUACUGUACAGCAGAGUGACAACCACUUGCCCACCUUUUUACUUGAGCACACUUCAAUAGUGAAAGUACCAUCAUACACGCAAUACCAGGGAUAUUUCAUACCUGCGUUGUAAACCAAAUGCCCAGUACAUUGAAGGAACUCACUCGUUGAAAUUCGGUCUGAAUCAACCGUUCACAGGCUGAAUUAAUUUUUCUAUCAAGCUGAAUAUAAGUCUGACGACGAACUCUUAGAAUGGGUCUUUGCUGCAUUCUAAUGUAUCUUGUUCAACUUUGAAUAUCUUACGUUCCAUCCAUUGAUUUUGGAAGUACAAAAUAUAACGUUCAUCCACCUUAGCAGCUGAAGUACAUAAUCAAAAAACAUUAGCGUUUACAAAAGAAAAGAUAAUGCACCGUGAUGUAGAAAUUUCUGUUGUAUCCUGUAAUAAUAGGGGAAACAUGAUUGGAUGGCUGUUUGUGGAAAAUGUAAAUCUAUCAGUGGAGCUUGUAAAAGAAGGACUGUAUACACUACACAAGUCAGCCGAGCAUUCAAAAUACUUCAAGCUUUUGCAACAAGCAGAAAAAUAUGCAAAGGAUAAAAAAAUAAACUUAUGGAAGAAUUAUAUUGAGGAACCAGUGGAGGCGAACAAUAACAGCCAUAAACCUGUUUAUGAAGGUAUGGUAAAGGAACAGAAAACCAACUAUGUUGAAGUGCUUGUAUCAGAGAACACUGCAAAGAAAAAUAAUUCCAUUGAUGACGCUGAAUCAUUUUUUAAGAAAAAUUCUAAAACACGUAUUAAGGCUGUGGUUGAAUCUGUUCUUGACGGAAACACGAUGAAGCUGUUGUUGUUGCCUGAAAGAAACAUGAUCCUUCUUUACCUUUCGGGAGUCAGGUGUCCACCAAAAGGUGUAGAAUUGGGAGAUGAAGCAAAGUUCUUUGUUGAAGUUCGUUUACUGCAAAAGGACGUCGAGGUUACUUUGGAAGGAGUGCUUUCUAAUAGGAAAACUCAAUCUUUCUAUGGGACUAUCCAUCAUCCAGCUGGUGAUAUUGCUUUUGAAUUGGUUAAACAAGGUUUCGCUAUUUGUCCAAAAUUUGGUAUGAAUUACUUACACGAAAGUGCUGAAAACCUCUGGGCAACUGAGAGACAAGCCAAGGAAAAUAAAUUGAGGUGUUGGAAAUAUCACACAAACACGGGACAAGAGAUUGCUGAAAGAGAAAUAGUUGGAACCGUAAUUGAAAUUAUAAGAGAAGAAGGUCUGUUAGUUAAGUCUUCCCGUAGCAAAAAGCUCCAAAAAAUAUACUUUUCUAACAUCAUACCGGCCAGGCUAGGAGUUGAAGUACUAAGAGGUGAAUCAAAUGGCAACGGUCAGCCACCAGCUACACAAGCCUCACGGAAUUUUGGUAAACAUUUUCACGAAAUCCCUUGGGCUUAUGAAGCACGUGAGUUCUUGAGGACACGUUGUAUUGGAAAGAAAGUAAAUGCUUCUGUAGAUUUCGUACAACCCAAAAUUAAUAAAUUUGAAGAAAAAAUUUGUGCUACAAUUAUAAUUGAUGGAAUAAACCUUGGUGAAGAAUUAGUAAAAGAAGGUUUGGCAACUGUUAUGAACAACCCACGGGAGGAAGAAUCAUCCCAGUGCCUUUAUAAAUUGAAGAAGGCAGAAGAAAUCGCAAAACAAUCUCACAAAGGGCUUUACUCAAAAUCCUCUCCCCUUAAACCAUAUAUCACUGAUUGUACUAGUGCUGCGGAGUCUGCUCGUGCCAAGGCACUUUUUAGUCUCCAACGUUUUCCGAUGCUUGAAGCUGUGGUUGAAUACGUUGUGAGCGGUUGUAAAAUGCGUCUUCACGUUCAAAAAGAGAAUUCAUUUAUUAACUUCCUUUUGGCAGGUGUUACACGCCCGUUUGAUGAAGGAGCAAUCCAAGGUGGAUGAAGAAAGUUUCUCUAAUCACUAGGUACUUCAAAACCUUCAACUAUUCUAUUGGCUGGCAAAAGUGCAAGAGCUUUUGACAUGAAAAACAUUGUAUGCAGCACAUCAUCAUUUCUAUACACUUCUCUUCGCAUUCCAUAAUUUUUUGGGUUUUUUUCAAGUGUCUAUUUAUAUAAAAGUUUCAGUUUUACGCGUCAUCAAUGCGUAUACCACUGGAAAUGCCUAUUAAAAUAAAUAAAAUAGUUAUAUAGCAUAUAAAAAGUUGGUGUAA